AUGGGAAAUCUUAACAAAGAAAUCCGCGAUGGCGAUCAUCCAGACAUUACUGAAGAACGUUUGAAGUCCACGUUCGACACUCACAAAAUGGCAGCUCAAAUUUACAAUUCUCAGAGGGUAAAUAUAGUUUUGAAAUCUCUCACAAAAGUUUAUAAAGGCUGCCGAUCGUCGUAAUGAAAUAACUUCGGCAGUUCUAAAAAUCCCAGAACUCCAGGACAUCAAGCCUCUUCCUUUUUUGAGUCGAGAGGAAAAAGUCGAGGAAGCUGCAAGAAAGGUUCUGGAUGUUAUUCCGGUUUUUUUUCUAUCAGAUGUGUUUUUCCAGAUUGGCAUUCUCUCUGAACAUCUCUAUGAUCUUGUCAAUGUGAAUGACGGAGCAGAGCUUUAUCACCUGAACAAGUUCGUACUUGACCCGAAAAGAAAACGUAUUCAAAUAUUCAGUGUGGUCAUCGGAGGAGAAGGAAACCCGCUCGCUCUUCACGGCGUCAUGUUCAUUCCAGUUUUACAAGCUCAAGCAACCGACGAACAGAAAAAGAAAUGGCUCUAUAGAGCUAUGAAGAGAGAAAUCAUUGGAACAUAUGCGCAAACAGAAAUGGGACACGGCAAGAUUUUUAGCUAUAGUUAUAUAAUUGAGGACAAGAUUUAGGCAGCAACCUGAGAAAGCUGGAAACAACGGCCACUUACGACAAAGCUACCGAAGAAUUUGUUCUCAACAGCCCCACUACCACAUCCAUGAAAUGGUGGAAAUUAUAAAAAUAUAUUUGAACAAUUUUUUUCGAAUAGGUGGCCUGGAAACUUGGGCAAAAGCACAAACUACGCGGUUGUGGUGGCGACGUUAAUUAUAAACGAAAAAGACUAUGGACCACACAGUUUCAUGGUGCAACUGAGGGAUGAAAACACUCAUAAGCCCUUGCCGAGUAAGUUUGCAAGCUCUGAGAGGAUAUUAACUUCUGAAGGGAUGCAAUAAAUACGACAGAACCAUUAAAUACAUUUUUUUUUGUCAAUAAUAGGCACAAAUUUUUUCUUCUUAAUCCACAAGUACACAGUUUCUUUUUUAGACAUCGAAGUGGGAGAUAUUGGGCCCAAAAUGGCUUACAACGCUACAGACAACGGGUUCUUGAAGCUCAAUCAUUUGCGCAUUCCCAGAACCAACAUGCUGAUGAAGCAUGUGAAAGUAAAAGAAACUUUAAAAAAAGCGACUUUCACAGCGCUUUAUUGCAGGUCGAGAAAGACGGAACUUAUAUCAAACCUCCUCAUGCAAAAAUGAGCUAUUCUGCGAUGGUGCACGUCAGAGCGCACAUGAAUAACACGAUGGCCUAUUUUCUUGCUUCUUCACUGACCAUUGCAGUCAGAUACUCAUCUAUCCGCCGCCAGGGACAUAUCAAUCCGAAGUGAUUUUCGAGCUGUGGAAAGUACCUCAUCAAAGAAUUUGAAGAGAGCCCGAGGUGAAAGUUCUCGAGUAUCAAACGCAGCAACAUCGUUUGUUCCCCCACAUCGCCCGUGCCUACGCUUUUUCUUUUGCUGGUGCGGAAACUGUAAGAUUGUAUGAGAAAGUCAAGAAAGACAUGGAAUCUGGAGAGGUUUAUCAAAGAAAAAAUUUAAAACUUUUUUUCUUUUUCAGACUGAAUUGAUGGCGGAUCUUCACGCUUUGACAUCUGGUUUGAAGUCAGUAGUGACUUACUUGACGAUGCAAGGCAUUGAGCAGGUAUAAUUCGACUCAAUUAGACUUAAUUUUUAGUACAUGGGACACUUGACGGAUAAAUCAAAAGGCUGUAAAGAAACUAGUCAAAAAUUAAGUUUUAAAGAGUUUUGUGCCUUUCUGCUUGCUUUUACCCACCUUCUUUAAAUUUUUCGGCUCUAGUUAUCCCCCUCAAGACCUAUUUGUUACCAAAGUCUUCAAAGAUUUUGAAGACCUCUUCAGGCUCGACAAUCUUGUGGAGGACAUGGAUACUCAAUGGCCAGCUACAUUUCUGAAAUAUACGGUAUCGCAAUCGGUGGUUGCACCUACGAAGGAGAGAACAUGGUUAUGCUGUUGCAGUUGGCGAGGUUUCGAGACGAUCGGUAAUUCAAGAAUAACUCUGUUCAGAUACUUGAUGAAAGCAGCCAAAGCUGUGAAAGAAGGAAAGAAAGUGGAAGGACUUGUCGGAUAUCUCUCAGCUCCUGACAAUAGACAUUCACUAAUCGACAGAACACCAGAAAAAAGUGCAAUUUCCCAAAAUUAAAACCUCUAAAAUCAAACUUUUCAAGGUUACGAUACUUAUCUCAAAACGUUCGAGCAUAUUGCAAGGCAGCAAAUUUUCCGGGCCUUCGACAAGCUUGAAAAAAUGCUUACUUCUGGACUUCCACAUUCGGAAGCCUGGAACAAAUGCUCUGUUGAGCUCACCAGGGUCAGACUUCUUUCCAAUUCAUAAAAUAAAAAACAAGGAUUUCAGGCCAGCCGUCUUCACACAAGGCUUUUCAUAGCUCAAGCCUUUGCCCGAAGAGUGCAUGAUGUCGUCGACUUUCAUAUUAAAGAAGCGCUAGAUGAUCUUCUCCAUCUUCACCUCAACUAUGAACUGCUUGAUGUAGCGUCUUACGCUCUAGAAGUAUGAGAAAAACUGGAAACAAAGAUAAAAGAGAAAUUCUUAGGAUGGUCACCUCUGUGGCGAGCAGAUGAACUUCAUCCGUUCUGAGCUCUAUCGUUCUCUUGGAAAAAUCCGUCCCAACGCAGUUUCCUACGUCGAUGCUUGGGAAUUGAGCGAUAUGGAGCUUCGAUCUGUUUUGGGUCGCAGGGACGGUCAUGUUUAUGAGAAUCUGUACAAAUGGGCUCAGAACAGCAGCCUUAAUCGCACUGAUGUGAGUUUGGGAACUUUGAAAAAUCUUUAAUUUGUUUUUUUUAGGUUCUACCAGUUUUCGAAAAGUACCUGAAGCCGUUGAUGAUGUCUGCCCGGAAAAACAGUAAACUGUAG